AUGCCAUUGAGUUACUAUGACUCCAAAUAUGGAGCUUUAAGUAGUUUAUCUUCUGCUGGUGCUUAUACUCCUACACAAAGUCCACGACCAAGUCCAUUUGCUUCACCAUCAGAUAGUCCUACAAAUAGUCCAAAAAUGGAUAGAAGAAGACCAUAUCGAACUGGCAGUCAGCCAAUGUUGUCUGUUGAAGAACUGAGAGAUGCACCAAAGAUCCAAAUCCAAUCAAUGGAUCGUUCUGACAGUUUACCAGCAAUUAAUGUACCUGUUUCUAAACAUCGCCGUUCUCCAUCCCGAGACAGACCAGUUUAUAAUUAUCAUCAGAGAUCUGGUAGUGAACCAGUAUUAAUGUCAGAAACACUCCAUGUACCAAAUACUCUGGCCUGCAACAAAAUAGGUUCAGAUAGUGAUUUAUCCAAACCUGCCCCACCAAAACCUAGUCGAAUACCAUCAGUCAAGUACAAACAACGACCUAAGGUCCAAGUGAGAAAUAUAGCCCUGUAUGAAGAUGAUGGUAGAGAUUACUCAGAUUAUUGUCAAGUUAAAGAAGAUCCCAGUUGGUUAAAGGGGAACAACUCUCAGCCUGUAUCACCAGACGCAACUACACCAGUGUGUAUAUCUAGUCCUUUUGACAUUUAUGACAAUAAUUUUAAUAACAUCAAACCAAAUCCACUCCUAUCACAUGAAUUAUAUGGGAAAGUGCUCAGUAAUCGGAACUUCCCAGACUUGAAAUCUCCACAAAAAGAAUUUUCUUCUCAAGAUAUUUAUAACAUAAACAAUAAAUAUGAUAAUACUUUCAUGAAAAGACGGAAAAUAACCAUUCCUGUGAUAAAGAAUGAAAUGAGUUUUAACCUUACUGGAAGUAACUUUAAUGUGUUACCCAAUGACUGUAAGCCAUUAGAAGCAGGGAGUAUGAUCACCAUUAAAGGUAUUCUAUUAGAAAAGGAUCCAAGGACUCUAGCUUUACACUGUACUAAAACAGAUUUACAAUGUGUUCAUGUUUUAAGUCAUGAAGAUUUUGGAAUGGGUGUUGAAUCGGGACUAGAGCUAUUAACAUUACCUCAAGGGAAGCAACUACGUCAAGAUCUGAUUGAGAGAUGUCACUGUAUGAAGUUAUUAGUGAUAGUAACUAUAUUAACUUGUAGUACUAUUAGUGAACGAGCUCAAAUGAUAAGUCAGUGGGUCAUGGUUUCUCAAGAACUCAAACUAUUGGGAAAUUUAUUUGGUUUUGUUAACGUAAUGGAUGGCAUUAUGUCCCCUCUUGUAACAAGAUUGAAAACAACUCGUUUAAUUUUACGUCAGAAUCAUACAAAUAGUGCUUAUAUAUUAGAUACCAAACUAAAAACUGCAUACAAAUCUUUAAAUGAGGGUACUAGUUCUCUCCCUUUACAGAAUGUGUGUGUGCCAAAUAUCAACCCUUUAGUAUAUUUAUUAGAGCGUGAUUUAGAAACAGUGUUAAAUGAGUUACCAUGGGAACGAAUAAAUCCAAUUGCAGGAUUGGAAAUGUUUUUAACUCAUUUGGACACAGCACGAGUGAUUGCUGCUCAGGUGGAACUGUACCAAAUAACAGGAAGAGCUGUAAUGGCAGAUUUUCAAGGAGAUGAAGACAUUUCGGAAGUUUUUGAUACAAGAUUACAAUUGAAUUUACUAUGGGGAGCUCGAGGUAGCAGUGUUAAUCGUGUUGAUAGACAUCGUAAAUUUGAUCAGUUAUUAACUAUAUUAUCAGAACGUGCUGAAAAAUCUAAUGAUGAUGGUACAGCUGUGUAG